ACUACGAUCAUGGCAUCAGCGUCUGAUGCACAACCAAGGUAUACAUAUACACCGUUUCCACAAACGACAACAGCUCACCCUUUACGACCUUACUAUGUUCCUCAAAAUACGGAUCGCUAUUAUACACCGCUUAGUAAUGUCACAAGCAACCAGGAAGAUCGUAGUCAUAAGCUAAUGAACAAAGAAUCCCAAGGCCUUAUCAAAGAAUUACUUAGUUUAGGCUUACUUAAAUAUAUUAGUACGGCGAUCUCAAAUCCUUUUGAGGUCGCAAAAACCCUGUUGCAAGUUCAAUAUUUACCUAAUGAAGACGUUGUACCAGUUACCGCUGCGAGCGAUAAUGCUGCUUUGGAUUCGGACGACGAAGCAUCAGAUGACGAAGGCAUUUAUAGCUCUUCACGCAAAACUCUUGAUUCAAAUUCACCAGGUUUUCGCCAACCUAAAAGCGCAGAUAUACAUGGUUACAUCGAUACCAAUAUUUAUGAUGAAUCAACGCGUCCAGCUUACAUGGUUCCCCCGCUAGAGCAUGGUGUAUGGGAAACUGUAAAAUCAUUAAAGGGGCAUUCAACGGAAGGAUGGAAGUCAUUGUGGAAAGGACAAUUCACAAAUUGGUUAUAUGAAAUGGGUCAUGUUUUUCUUCAACCAACUCUCGAAGGUGCAUUAAAUGACGCGUUUGACUUAUAUGAUGAUACUAUUCCUUUGAUUUAUCUGGAUCGUGUUGGCCCCAAUAUUGCUACUUUAAUAGUUAGCCAUGUUGUAACUGGUGUUAUUUUGAGUCCUUUAGAGGUGGCAAGAACAAGAGCUCAAAAAGUACUGAUAUUUGUAUUUGGUACAUUGGUUUCCUACUUUAGACUUGUCGCUCAAACUGCGUCACCCCUUCAUAAAAAAUACACUGGUACUUUUGACUGCUUACGUCAAAUGAUUAAAGAAGAGGGAUUCACAUCUUUGUAUUGGUCACAUAAUCUUAUCCCUUCAAUUGUGUAUCACACAGUUUGCCCUCUGUUAGAAUGUACUGUGCCAUUGAUUAUUGAUCGUGUCUUUCAUAUUAACGCAGCCGAUUCACCUAUAUUAUAUGGACUUGCUCAAUUGGGCUUAAAUACACUUCAACUUCUUAUUACGCUCCCAAUUGAGACAAUUCGUAAAAGAUUACAUUGUCAAAUUGUCUCUCGUACUCCGGGAAAAUCGUUUGAAACUGUUGUUCAAGCUCGUAAAGCACCUUAUGUAAGUAUGAUAGAUGCUAUUUACAGGAUUAUAGUUGAAGAGGGUAUUAGUCAAACGUUUAUACCCAGGCAUGAAAAUCAUAGAAGACGCUCAGUACGUAGGCAACGCAGUUGGUUGGAUAAUUAUGGCGUGAGAAGAUUGUAUCAUGGAUUUUAUUUACAUUUCACAAACAAUGUAAUUCAAUUCUUUUUUCAAAUUAUGAAUGGUGUCGAAGAUGAUUUUAAAGAUUUUUGA